GACACGGUGGCACGCUCAGCGCAUUCUGACGUUUUCACGGGGCUGCUCUACAGCAUUGAUUGGAAACAAAACACGUAUGGGGUGUGCAGGCCCUGCUGUCGACGGGGCCGAGCUCGGCGCCUUCGGCGUGGCGCCGGUGUCCUGGUACGAGAGGCUGCUCGUGUGGCUCCUCAGCCUGGGACCCGUGCCACGAGCCAUUGGCGUCAUCCCCGACGGGAACCGGCGCUUCGCCAGGAAGCGUGGCGUCACUGUAGACCAAGGCCACGUCGCGGGCUCGCACGCACUCGGCCGGGUCGGAACCUGGUGCUCCCUGGUUGGCGUCAAGGAGUCGAUCGUCUACGUUUUCAGCGUCGACAACUUCCGGCGUCCCCGAAGCGAGCAAGACGGCCUCUUUCAAGAAAUCUCUAGGCGCUGCCAAUACAUUCUGGACAACUCGGACACCUUCAGGAAAAUGGGUCGUCGCGUACGGUGUGCUGGCGACCUGGAGAUGCUUCCCAAGGACGUUCAGCGUUCCCUGGCGAAGGUCGAUCUUGCCACCGCGGAUAACGCCAGGACUGUGACGGUCGCCUGCGUAGCUUACUCAUCGCGCCGACAGGUGACGCGCAUGGCGCGCCGCCUUGCGCAGGCCGUCAAGGAGGGACAACUUCGUUCAGACGACAUCACGGCCAACCUGGUCGACAGCUACGCGUCGCUGGACGACGGGGCCCGCGUGGAGCUUCUGCUGAGGACGUCGGGCGAGACGCGCCUCAGUGACUUCCUGCUCUGGCAGAGCAGCUACGCACGCCUCCACUUCGAGUCCAAGAACUUGCCCGAGAUCGGCUUCACCGACUACGUGUGGGCGCUGAUUGAAUAUCAGCUGCAGCGUCCGCAGCUUAAGGCGGCAAGCAGUGCUUCUGAUGCGGUAACCGGCACUUCCGUUGACCGGACUCUGCGGCAGCGUUCUUUUCUGAAAUGUGUCGAAGCCGAGAGAAGUGCUAACCUCGAACGACUCGCACGUCUAUGAUGGGCACCAGUUGACGGACGGGAAUAAAGAGGCG